GGGCAAUGGGCCCGCUCUGAUUUCUAGCCGAGUUCCUUGUUUCUCCCCUUAGGUGGGGAGGGGGGGAAGUGCGGGUUCUGGAAACUUUGAUCAGGAAAGGAGGGUCUUUUUUCUUACUUAGAAAAUAGCGGAGGUCCCUCAAGGAGUUGUGAUAGGGACAGGAGAGUCCAUCUUGACACUAGUCAUGUAAAUGGGAAAGAGUCUAGGCUGAGCUGGAAAGGCGGAAUGGCUUUGCCCCCUUACCCACCCGGGCCUUCUCCCCACCCCUCGGUCGAUCGACAUCCCUCCCUCUCUCCCUCCCCUGAGAGCUGGACUUGGCUGGCUAGGACAGGAGAGGAGCCAAACAGCUGUUGGCCGAGGCUGGGUGGAUUUAAGCCCUUCGCCACGCCCCCUCCGAUCAGAGCCGCCGCCGCCCGGGAGCUUUGGCCUCUAGCUGGUUGAGCCUCCCUCUCUGGGCCAGUCCAGCCCUUCUGGGCCUCCGCCAUAGCCCGUUGCCCGCUGGGAGAUUCUCUCGUGGAGCCACUUCUGCCAUGGCAGGAAAAGCUCACAGACUGAGUGCGGAGGAGAGAGAGCAGCUGCUGCCCAACCUGCGUGCCGUGGGCUGGAAUGAAGUGGAAGGCCGAGACGCCAUCUUCAAACAGUUCCACUUUAAGGACUUCAACCGGGCUUUUGGGUUCAUGACAAGAGUCGCCCUGCAGGCUGAAAAACUGGACCACCACCCGGAAUGGUUUAACGUCUACAACAAGGUCCACAUCACGCUGAGUACCCACGAGUGUGCAGGCCUGUCCGAGAGGGACAUUAACCUGGCCAGUUUCAUUGAACAGGUGGCUGUGUCUCUGGCAUAGACCUUCACCCGUUCCCUCACUCCCUCAGGAGGAAGAUGGGGGCCAUGUGGGGAGAAAAACCCAGGAAGCCUUACCCAAUGGAUCAGAACCCAGUUAUAGAGAGGGUUGGUGGGGAAUGGACAACACUUGUGAUGCGAAAGGUCCCCUUGCUCUCGGCACCAGACCCCACCAUCAUUGCCCAUUUCUAACCUCCCCUGGGCUGUGUGCAGAAGCUGUGCCAAGUCCAGAGCAGCCAAGUCUUUUCCCCUUCUAAAGGCCUGGGAACACCACCAUGAAGGGAUGGUUUCCCAUAGUGGUUUGCUCCUGCUGGCCUCUUUAACGUUUCGCCAUGAGCUAUUGAAAGAUCCCUUGGAGUCAGCCAACAGGGUCCUCUCCCCUGUCCCUGGAAACCCUUAAAGAAGAGCCCAAUUGUGAUGGACAACUGUGAGCUCCCCCUCAAAUAAAGCUGUGUAACCCGCC